AUGGCUCUCGAUCGCCUGAAGCAGGCAGCGGCCCAUGUUACCGGCGUGGGCCAGCCAGUGCACCCCUUCGAUCCUCUCUCCGAAGCCGAAAUCGAGCAGGCCGUCGCCAUUGUGCGCAAGGAGCACAGCAAUGUCUUCUUCAAUGCCGUCACGUUAUGGGAGCCGCGCAAGGCUGAGAUGAUGAAGUGGAUCAAAGACCCCCAGCACACCCCCCGGCCGCACCGUGUUGCAGAUGUCGUCGCUAUCGGCAAGGGCAGCAAGGUGUUUGACGGAAUUGUGGACCUGACCGACGGCAACAUCGUCAGCUGGGAGACGACCGAGGGCGUCCAGCCUCUGAUCGUGGAAACAAUUGUGCGCAAAGAUGCAAAAGUCAUCGAGCAGUGCGGAAUCAUUGGUAUCCCGCCGGAAGAGAUGCACAAAGUCUACUGCGACCCCUGGACGAUUGGCUACGACGAGCGCUUCGGAACCGGUGUCCGUCUCCAGCAAGCGCUCAUGUACUACCGCCCACACGUCGACGAUAGUCAGUACAGCUAUCCUCUUGACUUCUGCCCCAUCUACAACGCCGAUACCCAAGAAAUCAUCCACAUCGAUGUCCCUUCAGUUCGCCGCAUGGUCAACAAGGCCCCGCCGAACAACUACCAUGCGGCUGCUAUCGAGGCAGAGGGUGGCUUCCGCAAGGAUCUGAAGCCUAUCAACAUUACUCAGCCGGAGGGCGUCUCAUUCUCUAUGGAUGGACGCUACAUCAGCUGGCAAAACUGGAAGCUGCAUAUUGGGUUCAACUACCGCGAAGGUCUCGUUCUCUCGAACAUCACAUUCAACGACAAGGGGACCGAGCGAGACACGUUCUGGAGGCUUUCGCUUGCCGAGAUGGUUGUUCCAUAUGGAAACCCCGAGCACCCACAUCAGCGCAAGCACGCUUUUGACUUGGGUGAGUACGGUGGUGGAUACAUGACGAACUCUCUCAGCUUGGGCUGUGACUGCAAGGGUGCCAUCCACUACCUGGAUGCAGCAUUCGUGAACCGAGCUGGUGCUGCUACGACUAUCAAGAACGCCAUCUGCAUUCACGAGGAAGACGCCGGUAUUCUCUUCAAGCACACCGACUUCAGAGACGACAGCUGCACCGUUACCCGCGCACGCAAGCUCAUCAUCUCGCACAUCUUCACCGCUGCCAACUACGAAUACUGUGUGUACUGGGUCUUCCACCAAGAUGGUACUGUACAACUCGAAAUCAAGCUCACCGGUAUUCUGAACACAUACGCCAUGGACCCCGGCGAGGAUCUCCACGGCUGGGGCACCGAGGUCUACCCCGGCGUCAACGCACACAACCACCAGCAUCUCUUCUGCCUUCGUAUCGAUCCCAACAUUGAUGGACCUAACAACACCGUCUUCAUGGUGGAUGCUGCGCGUGGCUCAGGCGAAGUCGGCAGCGCUGAGAACAAGUACGGUAAUGCGUUUUACGCUAAGAAGACGAGGCUCGAGAACCCCGAGCAGGCGAGGACCGACUACAAUGGCGCCACCAGCAGGACAUGGGAGAUGUGCAACGAGGGCAAGCUGAACCCUUACAGCAAGAAGCCCGUAUCGUAUAAGCUGGUCAGCAGGGAAGUUCCGGAACUGCUUCCCAAGGAGGGCGGUCUGGUAUGGAAGCGUGCUGGUUUCGCCCGCCACGCGGUUCAUGUCACAAAGUGUAAGCCUACGUCUUCUUUCGUAUUGAUACAGCGUGCUAACCUCCCAAUGGACGAGGACUCGCAAAUCCACCCAGCCGGCCGCCACGUUCCUCAAACCUCGGGCGAGCCCUCUCAAGGUCUUCCCCUGUGGAUCGCAGAGAACCCCACAGCCAACCUUGCGAACGCCGAUGUCGUCCUCUGGCACACUUUUGGCAUUACGCACUUUCCAUCGCCUGAGGACUUCCCCGUCAUGCCAGCCGAGCCCAUGACGCUGCUCCUUAGACCCAGGAACUUCUUCACGAGGAACCCGUGCUUGGACGUACCGCCGAGCUACUGCAGCGUUCCCAGUGGUGUCAGACAGGGUGGUGCUCUCGUGGAUAAAAUAUCGCAGCUGGCCUUUGGUGAAAACAAGGCCGGCAGCUGCUGCGAGAACUCCACCUCCACACCGACAAUGCCCCGCGCCCUCCCGCCCAUCGAGGGCAGCACCAAAGGCCCCAACAUUUCGCCCUCGCUCGUCGAAAGCGUGGCAGGCUUCAGCGCGGGCGUGAUCUCGUGCCUCACUGUGCAUCCGCUCGAUCUCCUCAAGAAUCGGCUGCAGCUCAAUACGCAGACAAAGCCCCGUAGCGGCGAUUCGCUAAGGAUUAUCCGCCAUGUGGUGCGGGACGAGGGCGGGCUGGGCGCGCUGUAUAGAGGGCUAUGGCCCAAUAUGCUGGGGAAUAGCCUGGGGUGGGCGCUGUAUUUUCUGUUCUAUGGGAGGGCGAAGGAGGUUCUGCAACGGCGGAGGGGGCAUGGGGAGCAUUUGAGCUCGGCCGAGUUCUUUUCCGCGUCGAUUGUUGCUGGCUUGCUAACCGGCGCCUGCACAAACCCCAUCUGGGUCGUAAAAACGCGCAUGCUCGAGCGCGGCGCGAACCACCCCUCGGCCUACAAGUCCAUGAGCGAAGGACUCAAGCACGUAUACUACACCCGAGGACUCAAGGGUCUCUGGGCCGGCUUCAUCCCGUCCACGCUCGGCGUAGCGCACGGGGCCGUCCAAUUCGCCAUCUACGAGAAGAUGAAGCAUCGAAGAAGGGAGGCCAUAGGUGGACAAGAGCACUUGGGCAAUUGGGACUAUAUCUAUAUGAGCGGAGGGAGCAAGCUGCUGGCCGGUGCCAUCACCUAUCCGUAUCAGCCUAUACGAGCGCGAAUGCAGCAGUAUAAUGCGGCGACGCAGUACUCAGGGCUGAUUGACGUGCUGAGGAAGACUUGGAGAAAUGAGGGCUUUCUGGCCUUCUACAAAGGGGUUAUUCCAAAUACGCUGCGAGUCAUCCCGACUACCAUCGUCACGUUUCUUGUGUACGAGAACACGAAGAUUUUCCUGCCGAAGCUCUUUGUAGACGAAGAGAUGGCUCACGAGGAAGACUAA